UCUCGUUAUUAUUUUUCACUAAGAUACGGUCGGACGUGACGACAUGAACAACUACAUCAGCCAAUACUACAGUGAAGCCAGUCAAGACGCUGCAGCUCUUGGUUCAGGAAGUCGCAACAUCACCAUGGCAUCCAUUGAUAUUCACCUUCCUACCAGCACAAAUCCACCUCAGUCAAACCGAGUGUUGGCUGUGGAGAAGCUGGGCGGUGGUGCGGUGGAGUCCUCCGGCAGCAUUCUGCUGUCGCGGGGCAGUGUCACAGCACGGCCUCACGGCCUGAGCAGCCACAUCCCUGUUUCACCAGUGACAGACUGCAGCUGCAGCAGCAGCAGCAGCUGCAGCAGCAGCACAGCUCAGGAACUGAGUCUGAGAUACAGCUCUCCCCACUGCUGCCCUCCUUCACUCUCAGGCCAAGACCCCAGGGACCCCGGUGGGGUCAUGCAGGAGCUGCUCUCCCUCUCCGAGGGCUCCUGCCUUGCACAAAAAGGCCUGGCCGUCGACCCUGUCAACGUAAAGCUUCCCAGUCCUACAGGCUCAGCAAAGACCAGCCCUGAGCUGGACCACAGACUAAACAUCUUCAACCACAGGAACCAGGAGGAGAGGCGUGGCCAAGGCAGCGGUUGUGUGCUGUUGCAGACUAAGCCUCUGAUCCAUCUGCAGGGCGGCGACACCGAGCCAUCUCUGGAGGAGAAGUUCCGGCUCCUGGGUCCAGCUGAUACAGCUCUGGGACACAUGGAUACAUAAAGAUUCAUGAAUUAAUUCACAUAAACAGGGAGGGUUUUUUUUUAAACUGCCACUGAAAGUUUGAACAAGAUGAAAGGGACCACAUUUAAUAUGUCCAAAUGUUUCCAGUCCAGAUCUAGUUUGGGCCUUUGUUUUAGCCAGUACAGAUGGUCCUCAGUUCAUAUUAAUCUAGUCUCAGCGUUCUGUUCUCCUAAUGUUCCGCACUAAUGGAUUUCUAAAGGCGUGAUUCCCUGAAAUAGCACAACAAGACAAUAACGUCCCAGAAAGAGUUACAAUUUUCUUUGUGGACAUAUUGUCAUCAGGAAUUCAGACUUUGAAUAAAUGCACUGAACUUUACACGUAUUUAAACCAGCAGGUGGCGGUCAAGCCUACACACUGAACACUAAUGUAAAUGCUUAAAAAACACAAACAGCCACCAUGCCAUUAUCUACAGCUACAGUGAGGGUUGGUUUUUUUUUUUUUCUUAUUUUGUUUCCUUUCAUUAACAUCAUGAACUUUCACUUCAUCCAGCAGCCACAGGGUAACUACAGUCUUCAAGGCUUUUUUCUUUUUCUCCUUUGUUCAUUUCUUUAACGUCAUGAGACAUAAAUAUUUUAAAGGAGAGGUUUUUGUGUUCGUGUGAAAAGUUAAACAUCGUGAUUCUUCAAACAAACCCGACCGGUGAGCUUGAAGCAUGAACCUUUAAAAGAUACUACGUGCCAUCAAAGGUGAGCUAAAUCUUUGCACUUUAAUGUUUACAAUGUUGACACUUUUUUGCAAACUUGACGAGGAGGAAACAAAUCAUUGCCAAAAGCAGACGUUGUCAUUUGAGUAAAAACAGCGAAAAUAAAAGUGAGUAUUUCUCUAACUGCUUCUUGUUUUCUUGUUUAUUUUAACGUCUUUAAAUUUGGAUAUUUAUAUCGUAUCAUCGAGGAGCGUUUGGAUUCACAGACUCAUCUGUUUGCACAAGAGAUUAAAAACAGUGAAUUAUUUAAGUUCAUCAACAGAUCGUUUACUGUUUUUGCUAAUUAAUCUAGUCACUGCAACUGCCGUGUGAAGACGACCCAUAAUUACCUGCUCAUAUAAUUAAUUCAUUUUUUGUUUUGUUUGGCAAACAUUUGUAGAUGUUUUAAUUCUUAAUAACUUUGUAGACCUCCAGGGAAAAUCACACAACAAACUAACACCAGCAGUGGCAGCUGUACAGUUAACAAAUAACGCAAAGAUUAGAUUAAGGUAUAGAAUUAACAUAAAGUUAAAAACUGGAAAUAAAUUUGACAAAUAUCCUGGUGGACAUUCUCAGUCAUCGAACUAAAUCAAAGAAGUUUUAAAGA